AUGGCGAACCUCAUCUUCGCGCAUUCGAGCGCGCCGAUCCAAACGAUCAGGGAAAUCCAGUUUGGACUCCUGUCUCCGGAGGAAAUCAAGGGAAUGAGCGUUUGCCAUAUCCUUUACCCAGAGACCAUGGACGAAAGCCGCACAAAGCCUCGCGAUGGUGGCCUCAACGAUCCCCUUCUCGGUUCCGUAGACCGACAGUUCAAAUGCAAAACCUGCACAGAAAACAUGACCGAAUGUCCCGGUCACUUCGGCCACAUUGAGCUUGCUCGGCCUGUUUUCCACCCUGGUUUCAUCAGGCGCACAAAGAAGUUGCUCGAGAUGGUCUGCCACAACUGUAGCAAGGUGUUGGCUGAUCGAUCUGAUCCGCAAUAUGCUUCGGCCAUGAAGAUUAGAGACCCGAAAGUCCGGUUCAAGCGAGUUUGGGACAUUUGCAAGAGCAAGAAACGCUGCGAGAACGAGGCCCCCAAACAAGAGGGAGCCGACGGCGAGUUCAACCCGAACGGCGGUCCCGGAGAACGGCCUGUCGAGGGCCAUGGAGGGUGCGGCAACGUCCAGCCCGUCAUUCGCCAGCAAGCACUCACUUUGUGGGGAAGUGUCGAGAUUAAAGAUGAGGACGGGAUCAAGAACAAGGAGAAGAAGGUCAUUACGCCAGAAGCCGCGCUCAACAUCUUUCGACGCAUGUCCGACGAUGAGAUGAUCGAUAUCGGCCUUAACAUCUCCCAAGCCCGUCCCGAGUGGAUGAUCAUCACCGUCCUCCCCGUCCCGCCCCCUCCUGUCCGUCCUAGCAUCUCUAUGGACGGUACCGGAACUGGCCUGCGAAACGAAGAUGAUUUGACCUACAAGCUAGGUGAUAUCAUUCGCGCCAACGGAAACGUGCGGCAGGCUAUUUCUGAGGGUUCCCCGCAGCACAUCAUCACGGACUUCGAGAACCUUCUUCAAUACCACGUCGCCACCUACAUGGAUAACGAUAUCGCCGGCCAACCUCAGGCCUUGCAAAAGAGUGGUCGUCCUGUCAAGGCUAUUCGCGCUCGCUUGAAGGGCAAGGAGGGUCGACUUCGAGGUAACUUGAUGGGAAAGCGCGUGGACUUCUCGGCCCGUACUGUUAUCACCGGUGAUGCCAACAUUUCGUUGGACGAAGUUGGUGUGCCGCGCAGCAUUGCCCGGACGCUGACGUACCCUGAAACCGUCACGCCUUACAACAUCGCGAAACUCACCAAGUACGUUCAAAACGGGCCGAACGAGCACCCUGGCGCCAGAUUUGUCGUUCGCUCUGACGGCACUCGUCUUGAUCUUCGCCACUCUCGGCGGGCCACGGGUAUCCAGCUUGAAUAUGGCUGGAAGGUCGAGCGUCACCUGAUGGAUGGAGAUUUCAUCAUCUUCAACCGUCAACCUUCGCUCCACAAGGAGUCCAUGAUGGGUCACAGGGUUCGGGUCAUGCCAUAUUCCACGUUUCGACUGAACUUGUCCGUCACCUCGCCUUACAACGCCGAUUUUGAUGGCGACGAAAUGAAUUUGCAUGUUCCUCAAACGGAGGAGACUCGUGCUGAGGUGAAAGAACUUUGCAUGGUUCCCUUGAACAUCGUUUCGCCGCAGAGAAACGGCCCUCUGAUGGGUAUUGUCCAGGACACUUUGGCCGGUGUGUACAAGCUUUGUCGGCGUGACGUGUUCCUCACCAAGGAGGAGGUGAUGAACACCAUGCUCUGGGUUCCUGACUGGGAUGGUAUUAUCCCACUUCCGGCCAUCUUCAAGCCUCGCCCUCGGUGGACUGGCAAGCAGAUCAUCAGUAUGAUCAUCCCCAAGAUCAUCAACAUCCACAUGAACUCGGAACAACCAGAUAGGGACCAUCCGUUCAAGGACGACGGUCUUCUCAUCCAGCAGGGUGAGCUGGUGUUCGGGCUUCUGUUGAAGAAGAGCGUUGGCGCUUCUGGGGGCGGCAUUGUUCAUUUGUGCUACAAUGAACUUGGUCCUCAAGGCGCCAUGGAUUUCCUGAACGGCUGCCAGCGGGUGGUCAACUACUGGUUGUUGCAUAAUGGACACAGCAUCGGUAUCGGCGAUACGAUCCCCGACACAACCACCAUUGAAAUGGUCCAAAAACAUAUCAACGACGAGAAGGAGGAAGUCCGCCGGCUGACCCAGCAAGCUACCGACAACGAGCUUGAGCGUCUCCCCGGUAUGAGCAUCCGAGAGACCUUUGAAAAUAAGGUCUCAACUGCCCUUAACAAGGCUCGUGACAAGGCUGGUACUUCCACCGAGAAGAGUUUGAAGGAUUUGAACAAUGCGGCCACAAUGGCUCGUUCCGGGUCCAAGGGUUCCUCGAUCAACAUUUCUCAAAUGACUGCGUUGGUCGGUCAACAGAUUGUGGAAGGCAAGCGCAUCCCAUUCGGCUUCAAGUAUCGGACGCUCCCACAUUUCACCAAGGAUGAUUACUCUCCCGAGGCCCGUGGCUUCGUUGAGAACUCGUAUCUCCGUGGCCUGACGCCUUCGGAAUUCUUCUUCCACGCCAUGGCUGGUAGAGAGGGUUUGAUCGAUACUGCAGUCAAGACAGCUGAGACGGGUUAUAUCCAGCGACGACUUGUCAAGGCUCUCGAGGAUGCUGAAGCGCGCUACGACGGGACGGUGCGGAACUCCCUCGGCGACAUCAUUCAGUUUGUCUACGGUGAAGAUGGCUUGGAUGGUAUGGCCAUCGAGAGACAGCGGGUGGAUCACAUGAACAUUGCAACCACCAGCUUUGAUAAGCGAUUCCGCCUGGACGUCAUGGACGAGACGGCUUCCAGCACCGCCCUCGAAUCGUUAGAGUACGGAAGGGAAAUGGCCAGUGACCCCGCUGUGCAAGAGCUUUUGGAUCAGGAGUAUGAUCAGCUCGUCGCCGAUCGCAAGCUCGUGCGGGAAAUCCAGCGGCGCAAGCUGGCCGAGGAUAACAUGCAACUUCCUCUCAACAUCGCUCGUAUCAUCGAGACGGCAAAGAAGCUCUUCAAAGUCGACGACUCCCAUCGUAGCGACCUCACCCCUAGCGACGUGGUCCCCGCCGUUCAGGCGUUGCUUGACCGGAUGGUUAUCGUCCGUGGGCAAGAUUCAAUCUCGAAGGAGGCCGACUACAAUUCCACAAUCUUGUUCAAGAUCCAGCUGCGAUCACGACUGGCGUACAAGCGCCUGGCCGUCGAACAGAAGCUCACCAAACUAGCGUUCGAGCACGUGCUUGGCGAGUUGGAGAACCGGUGGUCCAGAUCAAUGGUGGCUCCUGGCGAAAUGGUUGGUGUGCUCGCCGCCCAGUCCAUUGGAGAACCAGCCACGCAGAUGACACUGAACACCUUCCAUUUUGCCGGUGUGUCGUCUAAGAACGUUACACUCGGUGUGCCUCGUCUCAAGGAAAUUCUGAACGUUGCGAAGGAUAUCAAAACGCCAUCCAUGGUUGUCUACCUCGACGCCAAGAACGCAACCCAAGAGGAUGCCAAGAGGAUGCGCAGUGCCGUUGAGCACACGACCCUCCGUUCCGUCACAGCCGUCACGGAGAUUUACUACGACCCAGAUGUCACAUUCACCACCAUUCCGGAGGAUUUCGACAUGGUUGAAUCCUACUUCUUGAUUCCGGACUCGUCUGACCAGGAUUCCAUCGAGAACCAAUCCCGCUGGCUCCUCAGAUUGACCCUUGACCGGCAGAAGAUGCUUGACAAAGGCCUCCGUGUGGAGGAUGUUGCGCAACGCAUCAAGGACGAGUAUAAGAAGGAUGUUGCUGUCAUUUUCAGUGACAAUAAUGCCGAGGAGAUGGUCAUCCGCAUCCGUGUCAUUCGUCAGGAAGAUGACAAAGAUGAUGACGGAAACAAGAUCAUUGAGGACGAUGUGAUGUUGAAGCGUUUAGAGACUCACCUCCUCGACAACUGCAUCUUGCGCGGUGUGCCCGGCAUUGAGCGUGCCUUCUUGAACAAGGGAGUGAAGCUGGUGGAACGGGCCGAUGGUUCUCAGGUGGCCAACAAGGACACGCCAGAAUGCAUGGAGUGGUAUUUGGACACCCAAGGCACAUCUUUGAGAGAUGUUUUGACAAUUGACGGCGUCGACACCAAGCGGACUUACACCAACGACUUGUACCAGAUCGUUGAUGUGCUUGGCAUCGAGGCAGCCCGGUCGGCUCUGAUGCAGGAGUUGACUCAGGUGCUCGCGUUUGGUGGUUCGUACGUCAACCACCGUCACUUGGCAUUGCUUGUGGAUGUCAUGACCUACCGCGGUAGUAUUGCUGCCGUCACGCGUCAUGGUAUCAACCGUGCCGACACCGGUGCUCUGAUGCGCUGUUCCUUCGAAGAGACGGUUGAGAUUCUGUUGGAGGCUGCUGCCGUCGGUGAACUCGACGACUGCCAGGGUAUCUCGGAGAACGUCAUGCUAGGCCAGAUGGCUCCUAUGGGCACCGGCCAUUUUGAUGUCCUUCUCGACCCUAAGAUGCUCGAGACGGUUAUCUCAGACAAUUCUCGCAUGGGUCUCAUGCCAGGCAUGACGAUCAAAGGCACCCAACUCGAGGGUGCUGCCACACCUUACGACACUGGUUCGCCGAUGGCAGACAGUGGGUUCCUUGGCAGCUUCUCGCCAACUAUGGGCAACUUCUCGCCCAUCCAGGGUGCGGGCUCGGACAGCCCCAGUGGUUUUGGGACGGAGUACGGCGGAGGUUUUGGCAGCAACGUGGGUGCUUAUGCGACAAGCCCGCGUGCCACCAGCCCCUUCUCCACAUCCCCGACGUCGCCUUUUGGCUACUCGCCGUCAGCUCCGGCUGGGUACUCUCCCACCUCGCCUCUCCUCGACGCCGGUGGUCGUUAUGCUUCCAGCCCACAGUUCAGCCCGUCUUCCCCAUCCUUCUCGCCGACCUCGCCCAUGCUGCGGCCCGGUAGUCCGACAAGCCCUAACUAUAGCCCCACGUCACCAAGCUAUUCGCCGGCUUCACCCGCCGCGACCAGACACUACUCUCCGACUUCGCCGCAGCAGUUCAACUCCCCCACGUCACCCUCUUACUCCCCCACCAGCCCGAGCUACAGCCCUGCCUCGCCGAACUUCCAAUCUACCUCCCCCUCGUACUCGCCGGCUUCUCCGACUUGGUCACCCACCUCACCGGACGCCUACUCACCGACCAGCCCGUCGUUCCAUCGGUCUCCUGGACAGCAGAUGUCGCCGACUAGCCCGGGCUACUCGCCGACGUCGCCUUCAUUCUCUCCGCGGACCCCAGCCCGCGGUCCUUCUGGAGGAAACGGUGACCAAUACUCACCCACCUCCCCGACGAAUGAUUGA